AUGUUGGUUAAACUCCAACCCUUCCUAAUGAGCCCCCUAAUUAUAACCACCUUACUUCUAAGCCUGGGCCUAGGGACAACCAUUACAUUUGCAAGUUCCCACUGACUAUUCGCGUGAAUAGGCCUGGAAAUUAAUACCCUCGCCAUCCUUCCACUAAUAGCCCAACACCACCACCCCCGGGCAGUAGAAGCCACCACAAAAUACUUCCUCACCCAAGCCACCGCUGCAGCCAUAAUCCUAUUUGCAAGCACCACCAACGCCUGGCUCACAGGACAAUGGAACAUUUUUCAACUGACCCACCCCCUGCCACUCACCCUUCUGACCAUGGCCCUUGCCCUAAAGAUUGGUCUAGCACCACUACACACUUGACUACCUGAAGUCCUACAAGGGUUGAAUCUCACUACCGGCCUCAUCCUAUCCACCUGGCAGAAACUAGCCCCCUUUGCCCUCCUCUUGCAGACCCAGCCCAUAAACUCAACCACUCUUAUUUUGCUAGGGCUAGUCUCCACACUUGUAGGAGGCUGGGGAGGACUAAAUCAAACACAACUUCGCAAAGUCCUUGCCUAUUCAUCCAUCGCCCACCUUGGAUGAAUAAUCCUAGUUCUUCAAUUCACCCCCUCACUGACACUCCUCACUCUGAUUACGUACUUCCUAAUAACAUUUUCAACAUUUGUUGUUUUUAAACUAAACAAUGUAACAACAAUAAAUGCUCUGUCAACCUCCUGAACGAAAUCUCCAACUAUAACCGCCCUAACCCCCUUAAUUCUACUCUCCCUAGGAGGGCUACCCCCCUGACAGGAUUUAUACCAAAAUGACUCAUCCUUCAAGAACUAA